GCCAGGCAGCACGCGGAGGGGUACAAUGUCACUGGAGCGAUGUCGAAGCGAACUGGAGCAAAUAGACCAAGAAUACCACGAAUUACAGGAGACACACAAAGUUUACAGACAGAAGCUUGAAGAGCUGACGAACCUCCAGGCGAAAUGCAGCAGUGCCAUUAGCAAACAGCGGAAGGGCCUCAGAGAGCUGCGGCUGACGCUGCACAGGUACGGAAAAGCCUGCGAUGAACAGGACUCUUGGAUGAUAAACCAUCUGCAGUCUCAGAUUAAAGAGAAGCAGAAUGUUUUCUUUGAUAUGGAAGCCUAUUUGCCAAAGAAAAAUGGAUUGUACUUAAAUUUGGUCCUUGGAAAUGUGAAUGUAACACUUCUCAGCAACCAGGCAAAGUUUGCUUACAAAGAUGAGUAUGAAAAGUUUAAGCUGUACAUGACCAUAAUCCUGAUGCUUGGUGCUGUAAGCUGCCUGUUUGUUCUGAACUACCGAGUGACAGAUGAAAUCUUCAAUUUUUUAUUGGUCUGGUACUAUUGCACCCUGACCAUAAGGGAGAGUAUCUUAAUGAGUAAUGGCUCCAGAAUUAAAGGCUGGUGGGUGUCUCAUCACUACGUGUCCACCUUCCUGUCAGGGGUCAUGCUGACAUGGCCAGAAGGGCCGAUUUACCAGCUGUUCAGGAGUCAGUUUCUGGCCUUCUCCAUUUACCAGAGUUUUGUACAGUUUCUUCAGUAUUACUACCAGAGUGGUUGUCUGUACCGCCUCCGUGCCCUUGGAGAGAGAAAUCAGCUGGACCUCACAGUGGAGGGGUUUCAGUCGUGGAUGUGGCGGGGUCUGACCUUCCUGCUGCCCUUCCUGUUCUUCGGACAUUUCUGGCAGCUGUACAACGCAGUGACUCUGUUUAGACUGGCUGCCCGAGACGACUGCAAAGAGUGGCAGGUCUUCAUGAUGGCACUCACGUUUCUGGUGCUGUUCCUGGGAAACUUCCUGACCACGCUGAAGGUGGUUCAUCAGAAGAUCCACAAGGAGAAGGUGCAGAAGACGGACUGAAGCCCACGACCAGCAGGCGCAAUGGCAACACACAGCGGGGGGGGGGGCAACACACAGCGGGGGGGGGGGCCCUGUCUGUCAGUGCGGCACAUCCUGUCACUUUCUCUUUUUCUGCCCUGUUGUCUUUGCUGUUUUUAUGCAAGUACAACAUUUGAACAGUAACGAGGCAGAAGCACCAUUACACCUCGGACAUUAUAAACGCUGUAAUUUGAGUACAUAAACAGAAACCUUGAAACACUUGAGAACAGUGUGUGAAGGUUUCCAGUGAGCCAACGUCCAAGUCACUGCUGGAGGCUGCAGGGACUGUUAGUCGGGCGUUAUCUGCUGCUGAUGCCUCCGUGCUUGGCCAUACGGACUCUCUCAGAGGGGACGGCGUUCAUGCGGGUGGUCCACCUGGUUUAUGAAUCUUUUUAUGUUUCCUACAAGACAUUAAGUGUGUGGCAUGCUGUGUGUGUCCAGACAUGCACUGACUUUCUGCGCUGAGGAACGAAUGAACAGCGCAGCUCUGGGUGAUUGGCACACCUCGUCAUGCUGGAACCUGUGACUCUGCAUCUGCUGCACACAACUGGUUCUCCCAGCCUUCAUCAUCACUCAUCCUCACUGCACUUGCACAGUCUGCCCAUAUUCAUUCAGCAUUCAGAAGCAGGACGAGGCAUGUGUGUGUAUGUGUGCGCAACUGUGUUUUUGAGUGCGCUCACAGUAAUCUGUGUCUGAUCAACACAUGUGACAAAGCAAUUUGGUCAGAAACAAAAAACUUGUGCAGCCAGGAAACUUUAUGUAAAAAAAAAAAAAAAUUUAAAAAGAAAAAAAUAAAAUAGAAGGGCAGUUUGUUUUUACUGAGUGCUGAAAAACUAGUGGAUUGUUGUUUAAGGUGUGUGUGUGUGUGUGUAAAAUGCACACCCUCUGUGUGUGUGUGUGUAUG